AGAUUACAGAUAUUGUCAUUUAUUAUUUCGCAGUUACUUAUAAAUUUACUUUCAUACCAAAAUUCUCUAAUAAAAAUAAAAUCGUCAUAUGAUUCUAAUAGAAUUUAGUCUCUAUCUACUAUUGAAAAUAUAAAACGAACGAAUGGAAACAUAAGCAGUAACAUAACACAAAUAAAAAAAGUCAAACUGUCAAACCAAAAAUUCAAAAUAACAUCCAGAUCAACAGUUAAAAUUAUAUUUUGUUUGUACUAUUUGUGAAUAAAACAUGUACGAAAUUAAGGACCGUCAAUUAUUUUUAGUACAGGAAAGACUGAAGACUUUCAAGAAUUGGCCGUUCAAUAACAAUAACAAAUGCAACGCGAGGAACAUGGCCGAAGCGGGAUUUUACUCAGUGGCUACGGGGGAUGAGGAUGCCGAUGCCGCUAAAUGUUUUCUGUGCGGCAAGGAAUUGGAUGGCUGGGAAGCCAGUGACGACCCAUGGGAGGAACAUAAAAGCCAUGCCGCUAAAUGUGCUUUCGUGCAACUGGGACGAAAAGAGGAUGACUUAUUGUUUUCAGAAUACCUGUCAGUAGUGAAACAGUACAUGAUAAACAAUUUGAAACAAGAUGGUGAAUUGUGCAAGGAAAUUAUUGAUGAGAAAGCCAAGAGUGUGAGAAGAAAAUGUUUGAGUAAGAAAUAAUUGUAAACAUCCACUUGAUGUUUACAGUAAGUCAUUGAAGUAUCAUCACCAUCACUUCAGCCUAUGCUUAUUUACUGUUGGAUAUAAGUCUUUCCCAAUACCUUUCACCAUGUAUGAUAUUCCAUGUUCCACAUCAAUCCUCUCCCAUUGACCUUGUUCGGCGAUCUUACUCACUAGGAUUCCAAGCUAAAUCUGAACUCUAUUCAAUGCCUCACGUCAGGGGCGGAUUGUGAAUUUGUGGGGCCCUGGACUAAAUCUACUUAGGGGUCUAUGUAAUAUUACUCAACUAAAAAGAUACACCGACCAAAAACAAGCAACCAGAUAUUCCCCGUUCUUUUCAAUAGACUCUCACUUGUAUGGGUUGAUUUAUCUCAGGGUUAUGGUGGGUUUUCAAGAUUCUAGAUUUUUUUUAUGAUCUAAAUAUCGUUUCAGUGAGGACUGCGGCCCUUUGUAUACUCGGGGCCCUGGGCUGCAGCCCAAAA